GCCACCCUUCACAAGGACCUGCAGUCCUGCCAUGCAUCAAACCCCUGAGCAGCAGAAGUCCUGGCUGCCACACAGAUCAGGAGCAGUGACUUGCCCCAACCUCUUCUCAUCUGUGGUUUUCAGCUGAACAACUCCUUUCUGCCCUCAAAAUUUUAAGAGAGCUGUGGUAGCCAAACAUCCUGUCAGCUGCUGCCUUGUCUACUGAACGUGGCUGUCCCUCUGGUAGUGAGGAAAGAUUAUGAGCACGACUGUAAAGAUGAACGAAGCUCUCUAUGAAAGCUGGAACACAGCUCCGGCACAGCUCUAAGCUCUUGGUUACAGAAAUCAAACUGUUCAGGACUUACGCAGGAGUUUUUAGCUGAGAUGUGAAAGGAACUGCAUGAUAUGCCUUACUGCAGUGGCAGAAGAUCCCACUUGGUCACGCAGUGAGGCUUCUUCCAUGCUACAUGCAGAGAAAGUUGUGACCCAGCAGGUGGGAGGCUGCUCCCAGCACUAAAGAAGACUUUAAAAGGAUGUGCUCACAAGAGGACAGUUCUGAAUAUCUGGCUCUGUGCAGGGUGGGUCUAAGCUUGUCUCAGGCUCUAGGUGUUGACAGGAUGUUUCCUCAGUACAGUUUGUCAUCAGUAGUUGGUAAGGACACAAAUACAUCAAACUAUGUGCCUAAGCAGCAUUACUGGAAAGAAACAGGCUACAAGUUAGCCCUGGAGGAACAUUAUGGAGAAUGUAAAUGGUUUUAUAUUGCUACCUAUUAAUAUUUUAGUGUCUGUGUCUCCACAUUCAGAGUUACAUUUACUCUGAUUUUUUCAUAGCAAAUACAAGGUAAGAAUAGAUUUUUUUCCCAGGUUAGGUUUUCUUUUUACAAAGCAAAGUUAAAAGACCAAAGAAUUAUAUAAAGCUCAUAAUAGGAAAAUAAGAUUGCAAGGGAAUAGAACUGACUUGCAAAGUUGUCAGGAAUAUUUUGAAGACUAGUUUUUCUAAAUCUGUUUUACAGGAAUCUUCUUCCUAGCUCCCAUUUUCCAGCAUAACUCUCUCCCCUUGUCUCCUACAAUCCCCCAAGUCACGGAUAAUACAUGAAAUUUCACAAACCUAAGUUUAAAAAUUCUUUGAAAGCAGCCCUGUAUAUUACAGACUUUUUUGUCUGAACCAUAGCAAUGACUAAGCCAUGGGCAAAGCCUCCAUUCAGGUCUCCUGUAAAGGAAAAUGUGGGUGGGGGAACCGGGCUUUCGGGGUCGAAGUCAUGCAGCUCUUGGGUGGCACCAUCGCGAAGAGGAAAGAGGAGGGCUCGGCCCGGCAGGGCUGGGCCGGGAGGUUUCUCCCAUUUCCUCUUUCCAGCCAUCCUUGUGGGGCCGGGCCAGCGACAGUGUGAGAGAGGCUGUCAUUGUUUGACUCAGCGUGUUCCUAAGCCACAAGAGAGCAGUGACGUAUGUAAAAAAACUUGCUGCUCGCUCUUAUCUGAUAAGAGGGAUAUCAAGGAGUUUUCUCCACUGCCUAGACAAUAGAGGAAGUCCUCCUUUGUCCUUGCAUUUCACUUUCUCUGUCAGCAUGGCUUCCUUGAUGCAGUUCUUGUGGCCUUACAGCCUCUAACACAAAACAGAAGACUACACAGCAGCUUUAGGGACCUGAUAUGCAAACACAAGUUACCACAUUGUCAAAUGCCCAUUGUUUUAUUUCCCAUUUACUCCACCAGCUUUAAAACUGAUCUCAGAUGUAACUGAUUUAACUCGGAGUAGCUCAGACAGAGCAAUCUCACCUCCCAUGAUUUUGGUGGAGAUCUGCCUCUUCCCCUUUAAGCUCUGUGCUUCCGAAAACACAUGGAGUGUUACCCUGUUCAUCAGCUUAAGUUUUGAAAUGGUUCUGAAGUUGUCUGGACUAGCAAAAACCUAGAGCGAUCUCUUUGCAUGAAACACUGCCAAGCACCACAAGAUGUCACAGCUAACAGAGUCCUGUUACACAGCCAAGUGGGAAGUUCCCAACUUAUCAACCAAAUAAAGAUGUAUAAAUGGCUGACAGGGCUACCACGACCACCUGCUGUAGCUGGGCUCAAAGAAACUUCCCAAAAGAAUCCACAGUUGAAAUACUGGCAAUAAGAAGUAAAAGCAAACAUUAGCACCAGCCUGUUUCUUUACCAUGAACACUUCCAAUAAUAAAUCAAAAAGUGGACUGAGGAUAAAUGAACAUUCAUCCACUUUACCAGGCAACAACCUAUAUAAAAGUUAUGGUAAAGAGGAGCAGAGCCAAGACCCCUCUUUGUAUAAAGAACACCACUAUUGGAAAUAAUCUCUCUGUGUUCUCAGCAGCCUCAGGGAGGUGUUAGACAACAGACAAAAAAAAGAAAAGAAAAAAUUCCGCAAGGCUUCACAGGAAUGGGAUGGAGGAAGAGAAGAUAAAAAGAAGUAUUGGUCACCAUGCGGUUUCUCAAACCAAAGAUGCUGUUGACUUCCUUUAAUGAACCCUAGCCAUAAAUUAACAAACAUUUCAAAUAAAACCUAAUGAGAUCCUCUGUACUUCACAGUGCAGCUGUGCUGCUUAUCUAAAAUUAUUUUAAGAUGCAUCAGUAGGGAGAAAAAAAAAAUCAUCACACUACCUUUUCUUCAAGAAAUAAAAUUUCAGAUUAUGUGGUAGAAGAAAGUAUUUUUUCUUACUUGUUUCAGUUCUCAUUUUUCAGAGUUUCUCUUCUAUUCUCUUUCACAAGGAGAGAGUCUGUGUAUGCAUGCACGAGACUGAGUGCAGUUAUGUGUAUUUACACAUACAUCUAUAAAAUUUAUUCCUUCAGGCUAUUCCUCUUCUGAAUGGUGAAAAAUUACUUCAGCACAGCAACAGCAUAGAGUAAACAAUCAGUUGUAGAUAGAAAAGAAACAUGCCAAAGCAUGUUAGAGCUCUCACCAGCUUAAAGAUUCAUUUUUAAAUGAACAAUGAACAAGUGAUCCAGCCUGACACACCAAAUUCACCCACCAGACAGAUUUAUACAGGGACAUUUUAUACCAUGUCAGAAUAUUACACAGCUUACCAGACAUCCAACUGCAAUCCAAACUCUGUGUAGAUUUUGUAAAGCAUUCCCAAAACCAUCUGGAAUCUUCAGAUUUUCAGAGAAAAAGAUUUAAUUUGACAGAUACAUGACCAUCUUUUUAUUCAUCCCAAGUGAAGGUGUUUAACUAAUUCCACAUAGGAACCCUUCAAUGCCAUUGAUAGUAAGUAAAUAAUGAUAAUACAUAAAAGUAAAUUAAAGCUGGUUUUCCCUCUUUGUGAUGAAAUAUCAAGAUCAAUGAUUUUAAAAUCAACUGAUUCAUAGAGCUAGAAGUCCAGUAAGUCCCUAGUGCCUGCACAGACAUUUGUUUGCACUUCAUACAUUCUUCUACAUUCCCAAGGAAAUUCUCAGCUGCUGAAGGAUGUAACUGAAUGCGUUCAGGUGCCACAAGCAUUGAAUCAUUGCCACAAGCAAUAGUGUCCCUUGGGACUGACACACCAGGAUUUAGUUCCUGCUCCCCUCUUGGUAAUGGGCGUGCUCCAGGGAUUCAUCUCUCCCAGCACAAGGUAUCUCCCUGCAACUUUCACUCCCGGUGGACAUGCCCUCCACAAUGCUGUUCAUAUAUCUGUUAUUGGUUCCAAGCAAAUAGAAAGCAAAUUUCAGCUGGUUUAAAUGCUAAGAUGAGCUUUUACUCACAGCUCUAACACAAUCCAAGCUGAGAAUGAAAAAGCCAGAGUUCAUAUAUGUCAGGAGGAAAUAGCUGACAAACACUCCUUGGAGCCAUAAAGUGAGAUAAAUAAGUUUAAAUUUUGAAAGAAGUCCUGCCAUAUUUCUCCAGAACAGUAUAGAAGAGCUGCAGAUGGACUGAAGAGAUUGAUUGCUGUAUGACACAGGAAAAAAAAUGCAGAAUCUUUGUUUACCUAGGCCUGUGGUUUCUAAAUACCAACUUUUUAGUACGUUCAUUUCUUGACUCAAAGUGAAAAUGGGAAUUCACCCUUUUCUCUUUUUUCCUGCCCAAUGUGCAGAUGGGGCACAUUUUCUUUCACUCCAUCAAUCCCUGCCCCCCCACGCACAAGCCUGCAUACAUGCACCUAGCCAGUGGAAAAGAAAAAAGGGUUACUCAUUAAUCCAUUCUACAAAGCUUUCCAAACUGAAAUGGGUGGGUUCUCCAUCUCCAGCAGGGAGCAAUAUAUAGGUAGAUGCAGAGCUUACCUGAGCACAGCUCAAACUGGAGUAUUACACUUGAACAGCACAACUUUGCUCCUGCCACAUUUUAAAACAGAACUCACCAGGAUGAAGAGGAUGAUUAUUUUCUGCAUGCUUUUCUUCUGCUCCACUAUGAUGCUGACUGCAACUUCACCCAGAACAGUAAAAUACAAACAGAUUCAAAAGAAAAUUGGAGACUUAAAAAGUAUGGUGAAAGAUGAGGAUGCUGAAUUGCUGCAUACACCAGAAAACCUUGUGGAGGGAUGCCUGUCCACAGCCGUGACCUGCUUCAAGAAGGGCGUCCAGAAAUUACAGCCAGCGAGGAGCCAAGAUAAUGCAGCGUUCACCAAAGCCGUUAGAAUCGUGAACAAACUUACCUACAUAGACUCUGGAGAGGUAGGAUUCCCUCACAGUGCUCAUAAUUGUGAUCAUUGCUCCUUAUUUUCUAUAGCAGGUGCCCCCUGCAAUGGGGGAAUUGUAGAAAGCAAAUCUGUUAGAAACAGUAAUCUGCUUUUCAUUACUUUGGAAAUUAAAAAUUUUAUCUUCCAGCACUGUGAGUCUUAUAAGAAAACAUGUGAAUCUUAUAAGAAGAAAACCCCCAAAGAAUUUUUGAAGGGCUUUGAAAAUCUCAUGCAAAUGGUAAGCAGAGUUCAUCCCUUCUGGGUGCUUUUUGACAUUUUACAAACCAUUACAGAUACCUUUAUUUUACAUCCUUACUAACAAUGUGUUGUUUUUACAGCUAUACAAGAACUAAUCUAGGACACACCAGAGCUGAAGGCUACUGAAAAUCUAUUUUUUAAAGCAGACACUAUGUUAUAUUUAAGAUGUGAAAAAUGUAAAUACUUCCCAGUGCUAUUAUGAUGUGUUCUCUGUGUGUGGUAAGUGAAAGCUUCUCCCAAAAUAUUAAGGAGUCUUAUUUGGAUGAUUAUUUGUAAGAUGGAUGCUAUUUUGCAAGUGAUUCUAGCCCCGCCUCACAGGGAAAAAUAAAUUCAAAUUUCACAAAAACAGGCUCUUGUAAGAGACUUAACCAUCCCUCUCCUGCCAAACUAGAAACACACGACAUGGUUACUUUUGUAUUUUUGCUUUGAUCUUAACUAAAUUCCAUGCAGAGAUUUAUGCAAAUUUUAAAAGAAAAUUAGCAGAAAAAUUAUCAGGGGCUUUGAAGCCUCAAAGGAAUCUGCUUGGGCUGAUUUCCUUAUUUACAAUCAUACCACACACAGAGCUUUAUUUAUAAGUUCUUAGACUGCAUCUUAGCUAACAAUGGAAAAAUGUCCUGUAUUUAACUGCCUUCUUAAUACUGGAAAAAACAUUUACAAAUCAUACUGUAUGGCUGUGAUUAACAUCUUGAAGGUAAUGGCACAUUUGCCAUGGGAUUCAAUAGGGAGAGAUGUAACCCACUUGCUCUAAGUGGAGAUACAGGAUUCUGAGGUGAAAUCCAGUUUCAGAAAAUGGAAUUUUGCCUACACUGCCCCAGCUUAACAUGACAGAUACAGCUGAGGCAUGACAGGCUGGUACAACCAGCCACUGCAAAAUGUCCAAUAAAUACAGUAAUUGAUGAUUAGUCAGAGUGAAACAGCUCUAAUGCAUACUGCUCAUUCUCAGAGGACAACAUUUACCCUCAUAUUAAUGUACCGUCAACACUAUUUAUUCCCUCUCCUCCUGAUUAAUUCUCACAGUUUUUUAUUUGCCAUUUUUUCUUUAAAAAUCUGUCAAGUUUUUUGUUCUGUGCAAACCUUCCUGUACAGCUCCUGAAUCCUGAACAUUUCUGUGGAGCUAUGGCCAGAGAUAACAUUUUUUAAAUGAAAAUUUUUUUAAAUGAAAGUGAGUAUCAUAGCACUUAAAACUAGUUUGGGCAGCUUAAUUAUAUACCACCGUAUUCUGCUUGCAAGGAUUCUGAACCUCUGGGUUCUGCCAUCUGAGCAGUAACUACUAAUUUGCCCCAAACAGAAAUUAACCCCACAUGAGGAAACCGAUCUUGGAAAAGAGCAUAAAGCGUUCCAGUAAAAAUUAACCAUUUAUCUAAUUUUCUCUCUACUUAGUAGAAAUGUGGUAGAGAGAGGAAACUGGAAAACUGCAUCUAGUGUUAGAAUGGAAAAUUACAAGCUUAGUUACCUCCAAAAAUAAUGAGGUAGUAUUAAAAAUAUUUCCAUUCCUACCAAUGUCAUCGGCCUAAAAGAAAACUAAUACAAAAAGCUUUGCUGGCGCCACAUUUUCACUGUCCUGAAAUGUGAACCUCCUCAAAAAUGUACAUCAGAAAGAGGAAGGAAAAUCCUCAGGGCACAGCAAACCAAGUGAACUGUCCUUGUUUCUGCUGAUGGUCAUUUUGAUUUAGAACAUCUUUUUCUUCUCCUUUCCUUUUUCUGUUUUAAAACACGCUUUUCCUCUGUGUAAUGUUCUAUCUCACACCUCAAAGUUUCCACAUUACUGCAUCAGAAUUAACACUCUAAAAAAGAACUUCCACUCAUAUGUAAGUAAUCAAAGUGCUGAGUUUAAAUUAUGUUCUUUCUGCACCUUCUAUCCCCUUUUCUCUGACUCACCUACCCAUGAAGUCCCUUCAUCACCAAUCAGUGAGCACUAUGCGAAGCUGCUGCUGCAACUGCAACAGAUUUUAAAGUCUGGGUAAAAUUCCAUUCCAGAUCUGGAUAAAAGCAACUGGGGAAACACUGAAACAUGUCCUGCAGUUGCAGUGUGCCUGCUGAUGUUUCUAGGUUUGUAUUUUUAUGGAGGGGUUUCAACUGAAUGCCUUUACCAUAAAUUAAGUGCAUUUUUAUGUCCUAGAAGGACAACCAAUAAACCAGCACUUCCCAAUGCAGCUCCAUGGAAUAUUUGCAUGUGCAGGGUUUUGGAGAAAGAGCUUUAUUUUUGUUCAAAGAAUACAGUAUGUAUUUCUUUAUCUGUAAAUGUCUUUUCCAGGAACUUGCUAAGUGCAUUGAAAUCAUUGUUCUAAAAGAGCCUGUUAAAAUCCUUGUUGUGCAGAUGAAAUGGGAUUAGCAUGCCUUGACACACAUAACAUUGUGUAUUACAUAUUUAUUAGCAAUCAUUGCAAAGCAUUGAGAAGAAACUUUUGUACCUGGGAUGGACAUUUUACAAAUGAAAAGCAAUUUCCUACAGUAAUGUCAUAAGCUAACUAGGUACUCCUGCCUGCACUGCAGCAAUGCCUGGGUUUUGUCCAAGAGACAGUAUGUAAUGCAGUAAGUAAUGCACCUACUUCUGUUUAGUGACUUGCUUCACUGUUUUUAACUAUGAAUUUUAUCACACCAAACAUAGUGCUAAAGCUUAUUUUUCCUUGUUUUAAACACAAUAUACUUGUUUAUUAAUUGAGGUUAUUUCUCGUACCUGCAGAACAACUUAAUUUAAAAUGCUCACUUUCAGUAUUCGAAAAACUAGUGAGAAACUGCAACAAAUGUAACUUUAGAGGGUUGACUGCUCUGAGAUCUUGAUGAAAACUGAAAUUAUUGGACAAGCCAGUCCAGCUACAUAUGGAGAACAUUAACCACAAAAUUAGCACAGGUGAACUUGGCCAACACCACACCCCUGGGCAGUGUCAGCACAAUCACUGUGGGCAACUCUGUGCACUUCAAAUAUGCAUUGAUUUACAAGAUGUGAGGACUAGUGUUCACUCUUUGUUUUGUAAAGAGUGAUCAAAGACUGAGUGUAUUAUUCAGGGUGUGCUAUUUGAAGAACAGGAUGAAUGAAGAACAGGAAAUCUGUGCAGAACACACCAGGAUGAAUGUACAGGAUGAAUGAAGAACAGGAAAUCUGUGCAGAACACACCAGGAUGAAUGUACAGGAUGAAUGAAGAACAGGAAAUCUGUGCAGAACACACCAGCGUUCAUCUUGUUCUGCAACAGCGUUCUCAGAAGGAAAAAUGAAGAUGCCCCAGGAGGAACUUUUGACCUUAGGAAGGACCAGACACCACAAACCUAAAUGUGUACACCCUCUUGACUUAUUUCUUUUUAUGAGAUGGACUCUCUUUGUACUAAGUGCACUCUGCAGAAACAAUGUGUGUUUCAUUAACAGAGUACAUAAUGUAAUCCAUGAAAGCUCAUUACCUCCCAGGGAGGCUUUAUAAUAUAUUUAUGAUUUUGAUCAUAAGUGCCCUUUGUAGGCACUUCGAGAUGUGUUUUAGCAUGGUAUAUACAAUUUUGUAUAAUAUUUACUUUUCCUGAGAGGAUUCUUUAUUUUUAUACCAAUUGAUUAAUCUAAUUUAAUUAUUUAUUGCACUUCUGUAAAGGUAAUGUUUGUACUAAGGACUGUGUGGUCUGAUUAAUUUAUAUGCCUGUGAUAUUAAACAAUUUUAGCUAAUACCAUAUUGUAUUGUUCUUUUCUUCAAAAACAUAUUUUUAUAGUUAUCUGUGUGAGAACUAUUCUCUGUGGGUUUUCCAGCCACCUGUUUCACAGAACUGGUUUGGAGUGGGGUAAAUUGUUCCUGAGUAUUUCUUCAUCUCACCGAGUAAGAUGAGUCAGACUUGACUAACAGUUAAUUCUGGAUGAAUCCCAGCACAUGCGAUUCCUGCUGUUUUCUUGUAUGCAAAGACAGGAGGGAUCCCUACAUCCAGUGAGUAAAACCCACAGGGAAUAGAUCUCACUACAAAUAGGUAACUACAAAACUUCCCUGCAGUGUUCUCGGCUUUGCACUUGUGCUGAUGACCUAUGUUGUAACAGGAGCAAAGGUGAAAGAGAACAUUUCCUGCUCAAACAUCUUUGCCCAAGCUGCUGAUCUCCAUUGCUGUACUGCCACCUUUUGAUGGCAGUUUGGAAAUUCAAAGCAGUUCCAGACACAAAACAGGCAAGCUGAGUGUCACUGUCAUGAUAGAGAGCUUUGAGAUACACCACAGACAUAACAACUAAGUUGUCCACUUCCCAUUUAGUUUUCCCUUUUCCUCUUCACACAGCAGAAGGUCCAAUAGUGUUAGUGUCGUAACAUCAUGAAGAUCAUGUUUAAAAACAUCCCUUACCACACCAGUCAGGCUCUUCAGCAGCUCCUUUCCCUUUGCAAGAGGAUGUACAAAUGGAUGCUGUGUCCAUAUGUCCUUUCAUUAAGUGUCCAGCAACCCCCCAGGAGUUCUCUUGGGCUCUUUUUAGACUGUCUGUAAACAAUCCUCUUACCUCUUUCCAUUUUUUGAAGAUGACCUUAUUAUUAAACUUCACUGCCCAGCCCUGGUUCUCCUUCAUCUUCCUCCCAUUCUAAUUCCCAACACUUGUUCUCCCAACCCCAGUUCGCUUUUUUCCUCCUGUUACACUUCCUCCAGCUUCCUUUCUGUUAUCAAGGAAUUUUCAGACAUUCAGAUGGUGCAAGAUCAUCAGCUGCACAAUUCCUUUAAAAUGGAAAAAGAGUUGAACAUAAUGCUAGUGGUCCACAUAAAGUUUAAUUCCUCACCAUGCACAGGAGAAUAUCCCGACAACAAAGAAGUCAGAAAGAUUUUUAGUUCUAAGCCAAAGAAGUGAGGGAAGCACUCACAAAGCUGCUGUAGCAGGAAAUACAGUAGGUUUCAUAUGAAGCUUAUCACAACAGUUCAGACAAACACUAUGAUAGAGAGCAGCUCUCUCCAUUCUCUCCUAAAUCCUUAAAAAAUGUAGAGACAAUGAAUGACAAAGGAGUCAAGGCCAGUGCCAGUUGAGCUGAGGGCAGGAUCUGCAGGGGGUGAAACACAGUAAAGUGUUUGAGGUCGGCACCCCAAAUUCACUAUUUCAUCAACCGAGAAGCAACUCCAGGUUUAUCACUGCCUUUAUGAAAGGCUAGGAAAUGCACCAGUGUAGAGAGCAGAUCAUUGCACAAGAGGGCAGCAGGCAGCUGAGAAAGGAAAGGAGAUCUUCACUCUCCUCCUUCUCCUCCUGACCCCACCCAGCUCGUAACAAAUUAAUCUACGAACCUUCAAAUGUGAGGAAAUACAGUCCAAAAAGGGGACUUAACCAAAGAUGCUCCCAUUUCUGUGUUCUCUUUUACAGGCACAUUUCAAAAGUCACCUACUUAAUAAUUCCUACUUCUUCCUGUAUUCUGUUCUUUCCCAAACACUUUACUCCUCAUUAAUUUCACUCCUCCCUUCUGCCCCCCAUCUCUCCUUUGGCAAAACUACUAUAGUUAUGCCUGACAGGUACAACUCUUGCAUUAACAGCAAACAGGACAAAGCACUGGAAAAUCUUGCCACCUUACCUCAGAGGUACCACUAGAAGAAGCAUCACCUGAAAACAAAGAUUUAGCAAAAAAAAAUUUAUAGGAUCUGUGCUAUUCCUGGGAGAUUUACACUUCCCUUCAGCAUAGAGCAUUUAGCCCAUUUCUAAAUUGCUAACCCAGUACCUGCAGAUGAACAGUUCCAAGUAUUCCUUAUGGACUUGCUGCCUCUCCCUUUAGGUGCCCCAGAUCCUUUAAGACAGCUACUACACUCUACCGCCCCCCCUAUUUUACUUUUAUCAAUUCUUUUCAUUUCCUGUUUUACACCCUGCAAAGAGCUGAACAAAUACCAGGUAACAUGUAGAAUGCAGCAGGUGCAGCUGGAAGUGGUGGGAAAGGUGUAGUACAAAUUCCCAAACACCUGAGCUGGCAUUAAUAAUUUUUUUAUGGCACUGAAGAACAGAAUACUGGGAACCUACUGCCUCAAGCUCCUUUUCCACCUGUUGCACUGGGCAGGGUUGGCUUAAACCAUUCCCACUUCUUCCCCCUACCAGUCCCCAACAGUUGCAUCUUUAGGGGGAGAGGGUGAGGUGGCAAAUUAUAUUUGCUCUGGGUCAGUUCUCUGACCCAGACACUCUGCCUUUUAAAACAUACCCUCAUGAAGUGUAACUGUUCUGCAUCACAAGACUUCCCUUAAAAAGAUGUUGUACAAGGCAAACUCAGAAGGAGACUGUGCUGGGAAUUUUUUAGUGCAAAUUCUUCCACUGGAGGAUGACAAUUUUUUGAAACUGAAACUUUACAACUUUCACUGCAACAGUCUGUCAAAACUUUGAGCAAAAACCUUUUCUCAGGUCCAGGUUGGAAUUUCUGUUAUAAACAAAAGCAUGUAAACAAGAGCAGAGCAGAGUGCAGGUUUUUGGGAUAGGAAGUGAUUGCUGAGCUAGGCUCCAAACCCCGCUCUGCCUUAUUUGGCUUCUCCAUUGGGACACACUCCACCAAGGUGCCAGAGGAGGUGCCUACUCCACAGGCUACUGAUGGCUGUGGAUCAGUCUCACAGUUUCUUGAGUGCUUUUUUAUUAAAACAGAGUUCUCAACAUCAUUUCAGAGUGACACAGAGGGGAAUAAAGGUCAAAAUUGGAAAAGUGACACUUCUGUGAGAUGGGGAACUAUUUUCUAGCUAGUUCUAUGUGGUUCUCAUUUGAUUUGUCUCAGUGCUUGAGACAAUUCUCCAGCAAAUUUCCCAGUCUGACACAUAUACCUUUUUUGGGCUUUAAGAACAACUCAGUGGGCAGCAGAGCAAUAAAGGUCAGAUGAAGAGCAGCAGAGGUACACAGCAAAUAGUA